AUGCAUGCAGGUGUUUCUGAUGGGCUUGAAGCCUUCAAGGUUCUUCUGGUCGCUGAUCGAGAAGCCGCUAGCAACCAUCCCCGAGAUGCUCCAGCGCGCCAACCAGUACAUCGCUAUCGAAGCUCUGGUGGCAGGAAAGCGCAUGGAUGGCAAGAGGCCAAGGGCGGAAUAAUCCCGGGGAACAACCUCAGCAGCCCCGGUGCAACCCUGCCGGAGGCCCAACCGACAAGAGCUACUGCUCCCGAGGCCCCCGCCUCUCCCUCUGAACACGUCUCGUACCAAGAUCUUUCUCCAAAUCAGGGAGAAAGGUUCCACCGGGACUACAGUCACGACACGGAAGACUGUCGCGACCACCAGAAUCAAAUCGAGGAACUGAUCUGGAGAGGUCACCUUGGGCAUUAUCUCAAGGAACCCCGAGAAGCAACUCCACGCCCCAGGGGACUCAUCGAAAGACGGAUCGAUGUCAUCUCCGGAGGACAAGCAACCGGCGGCAGUAGCUCAAUAGCGAGGAAGGCCUACGCCCGGAGCACAAUCGCCAAUGCUCGGGUCAAAAGGGUGAUGAUCGACACCGGGAGUUCCGUCGAUGUCUUGUACCUCGACGCCUUCGAGAGGCUCGGUUUAACUAAGGAGGACCUCACCCCUAUAGUGUCGACAUUCACUGGAUUCACGGGGGAUUCCAUCUCUCCGCUUGGGACCACCAUCCUCCCUAUCACCAUCGGGGAAGAGCUGAAAGCAAAGACAAUAAUAACUAUCUUCAUGGCAGUCGAUUUGCCCUCGGCCUACAACAUCAUCCUCAGCCGACCGACGCUUAACAAGUUAAAGGCGGUGGUAUCCAACUACCACAGGGCCAUCAAGUUUCUGACUUCGGCGGGGAUCGAGGAAUCCCGAAGUGAUUCGCGAGAGUCAAGGCGAUGCUAA